CCUGGAGUCCCUCUCUCCGCCCCUGUUGCCUGCCAGGACCGGACACGCUGCUGCACUUCAUCUCUUGGGGCGCUCUUCGCCUGGGCCAACGGUCGCAUCCUGUGAAACUCCGGUCAGCGGCCGUUUGGUGUUGAAUGUUCCCUACCAAGAGUGCAUGGCUGCGGAAGCUAGGCGCAGCGGGGCCCCGGGGGGUCGCCCUCCGGGAAGCGGUGAUGCUGUUGUUGUACCUGGUGCUGCCAACCGGGCACCUCUACAACCUGGACCCAGAGAGUGCUCUGCUGUACCAGGGGCCUUCCGGCACGCUGUUUGGCUACUCCGUGUUGCUGCACAGCCACGGGGCAAAGCGCUGGCUCAUCGUGGGAGCACCCACUGCCAACUGGCUCUCCAAUGCCUCGGUGGUCAAUCCUGGGGCCAUUUACAGAUGCAGGAUCGGAGAGAAUCCAGACCAGACCUGUGAACAGCUCCAGCUGGGUAGCCCCAGUGGAGAGAGCUGCGGGAGGACUUGCUUGGAAGAGAGAGAUAACCAGUGGCUGGGGGUAACGCUUUCCAGGCAGCCAGGUGAAAACGGAUCUAUUGUGACUUGUGGGCAUAGGUGGAAAAAUAUAUAUUACAUAAAGAAUGAAAACAAGCUCCCCACUGGCGUUUGCUACGGCUUGCCUUCUGAUUUGCGGACGGAGCUGAGUAAGAGGAUGGCCCCAUGUUACCAGGAUUAUGUGAGAAAAUUUGGAGAACAUUUUGCGUCGUGUCAAGCUGGAAUAUCUAGUUUCCACACUCAGGAUUUAAUCGUGAUGGGGGCCCCGGGAUCUUCUUACUGGACUGGCUCCGUCUUUGUCUACAAUAUAACUACAAACCAAUACAAGGCAUUUGUAGACAGACAGAAUCAAGUAAAAUUUGGAAGUUACUUAGGCUACUCAGUUGGAGCCGGUCAUUUUCAAAGUCCACAUACUAUGGAAGUCGUGGGAGGAGCCCCUCAACACGAACAGAUAGGAAAAGCAUAUAUACUCAGCAUUGAUGAAAGGGAACUGAACAUUAUAUAUGAAAUGAAAGGUAAAAAGCUUGGCUCAUACUUUGGAGCUUCUGUCUGUGUGGUGGACCUCAAUGCCGAUGGCUUCUCAGAUCUCCUUGUUGGGGCUCCCAUGCAGAGCACCAUCAGGGAGGAAGGGAGAGUAUUCGUGUACAUCAACUCUGGCUUGGGAGCUGUAAUGGAUGAAAUGGAAACAGUACUCUUCGGAAGUGACAAAUACGCUGCACGAUUUGGGGAAUCCAUAGCAAAUCUCGGUGACAUUGACAAUGAUGGCUUUGAAGAUGUUGCUAUUGGUGCGCCGCAGGAAAAUGACUUGCAAGGUGCUAUCUAUAUUUACAAUGGCCGAGUAGAUGGGAUCUCAUCCACUUACUCACAGAGAAUUGAAGGACUUCAAAUCAGCAAAUCACUAAGGAUGUUUGGGCAGUCUAUCUCAGGACAAAUUGACGCAGACAACAAUGGCUAUAUUGAUGUAGCGGUUGGUGCUUUUCAGUCUGAUUCUGCAGUGUUGCUAAGGACAAGGCCUGUAGUGAUUGUUGAAGCAUCUUUAAGCCAUCCUGAGUCAGUAAAUAGAACAAAAUUUGACUGUAUUGAGAAUGGACUUCCUUCUGUAUGCAUGGACCUAACACUGUGUUUCUCAUAUAAAGGCAAAGAGGUCCCAGGCUACAUCGUUUUGUUUUACAACGUGACCUUGGAUGUGCACAGGAAGGCAGAAUCUCCGUCAAGAUUUUACUUCUUCUCCAAUGGGACUUCUGACAUGAUCACAGGAAGCAUACGAGUUUCAAGCAAUGAAAGGAACUGUAGGACACACCAGGCAUUCAUGAGGAAAGAUGUGCGAGACAUCCUGACCCCUAUUCAGGUGGAGGCCACUUACCACCUCGGGCAUCAUAUGAUCACCAAACGAAACACAAAGGAAUUCCCCCCACUUCAGCCAAUCCUUCAGCAGAAGAAAGAAAAAGACAUGAUUAGAAAAACGAUAAAGUUUGCACGGUUUUGUGCCUAUGAAAAUUGUUCUGCUGAUCUUCAAGUUUCUGCAAAAAUUGGAUUUUUAAAGCCAUAUGAGAACAAGACCUAUCUUGCUGUUGGGAGCAUGAAGACCAUAAUGCUAAAUGUGUCCCUGUUCAAUGCUGGAGAUGAUGCUUACGAAACCACGCUGAACAUCCAGCUCCCCACAGGCCUUUACUUCAUUAAGAUCCUAGACCUGGAAGAGAAACAAAUAAACUGCAAAGUGACAGAGAUCUCAGGCAUAGUGAACCUUGCCUGCAGCCUUGGUUAUAUUUAUAUGGAUCGUCUGUCAAGAAUAGAUAUUAGCUUUCUCCUGGAUGUGAGUUCCCUCAGCAGGGCACAUGAGGACCUCAGCAUCACCAUGCACGCCUCCUGUGAAAAUGAAGGUGAAAUGGACAAAGUGAAGGAUAACAACGUGACCUUAGCGAUCCCUCUGCGGUAUGAGGUCAUGCUGACUGUGCACGGGGUUGUGAACCCAACUUCAUUUGUGUAUGGAUCAAGUGAAGAAAAUGAGCCAGAAACGUGCAUGGCAGAGAAGCUGAACCUCACUUUCCAUGUUAUAAACACUGGUAUUAGCAUAGCUCCAAAUGUUAGUGUGGAAAUCAUGGUGCCAAAUUCUUUUCUGCCUCAAAAUGAUAAGUUGUUCAACGUUUUAGAUGUCCAGGCAACUACUGGGCAAUGCCAUUUCAAACACUAUGAAAGAGACUGUACAUCCCAACAGCAAAAGGGUGUGGCAGAGACUUUGACAGAUAUACUCAAGUUCUUAUCAAAGACUGAUAAGAGACUCUUGUAUUGCAUGAAAGCUGAUCGCCACUGUUUAGAUUUCUUAUGCAAUUUCGGAAAAAUGGAAAGUGGGAAAGAAGCCAGUGUUCGCAUUGAGCUGGAAGGCAGGCCAGCUAUCUUGGAAAUGGAUGAAACUUCAUCACUCAAGUUUGAAAUAAAAGCAACAGCUUUUCCAGAGCCACACCCAAAAGUUAUUGAACUAAAUAAGGAUGAGAACAUUGCCCAUGUUUUCUUGGAAGGGCUCCAUCAUCAAAGACCCAAGCGGCAUUUCACUGUUGUGAUUAUGACCAGCAGCUUGCUUCUAGGACUUGCUGUGCUUUUAUUAAUUUCAUGCGUGAUGUGGAAGGCUGGGUUCUUUAAAAGACAGUACAAAUCUAUUCUACAAGAAGAAAAUAGGAGAGACAGCUGGAGUUACGUCAACAGCAAAAGCGAUGAUGACUAAAGACUUUUAAAUGGAAAGAAGUGAAAAUAAGACUCAGGGGAAAUCUUCAAGAAAGAAAAUAUGCAAAAUAUUUUCAGCAUCCAAAUGAAUGAAGGGAGGAAAAACACUAAAGUUCUUGAUUUACUCAAGAAAUGUGAACUUG